AAAACUAUUUAUCAUUCACAUUUGAAGAAAUAAAAUAGAAAUCAUUAUUCCAGCGAAAUUGACAAUAGAGAUUGGGACCGCAUGAGAAAGGCCGCUUCAAGAUCCGUACAAAUCCUCAACCCCAACGACCCCUCUUCGUUUUCCAAAUUCUUCUCUUCAAUCUCCUUUCGAAACCAUGCCUAUAAUGAAGUCCAAGUCCUCCCUCAGUCCUUGCAUGGCCAAUUCAUGCAGCAACAACGCCUCCUCCUGCUCCUACAAGCAUGUAAAAAGGCUCCAACUCUCAAAGAAACCAAGCCUCUCCAUGCACUUACCGUCACCAUGGCCUCAAAUUCAACCCAACCCAUCUUUCUCUACAACAAUCUCAUUUCUCUCUACGUAUUGCAGGGCGAGUUAUCGACUGCGCGUAAGGUGUUUGGUGAAAUGACACAAAGAAACGUGGUAUCGUACAAUACAAUCAUUGGUGGUUAUAGUCGUAAUGGAAGCGUGGAGGAGGCUUGGAAUUUGUUUUCUGAGAUGAGGCGUUAUGGGUUCGAGCCAACCCAGCACACCUUUGCGGGUCUGUUGUCGUGUGCUUCGUUGAAGCUUUCUCAGGGGUUUCAAUUGCAGGCACAGAUGGUAAAGAGUGGAUUGUUUCAUGCUGAUCCUUAUGCCGGGACAGCUUUGCUGAGUUUAUUUGGGAGGAAUGGAUGCAUAGAUGAGGUGGUUUGUGCGUUUGAAGAAAUGCCGCAGAAGAACUUGGUAACAUGGAAUACAGUGAUAUCCUUGUUUGGGAAUUAUGGGUUUUCUGAAGAAUCUAUGUUUUUAUUUCGUGAGCUUAUGAGGACGGGAGCUGGUUUAUCUGAAUGUUCUUUCAUGGGUGUUUUAUCUGGAUUUGCAUCAGAACAAGAUUUGGAAUUGGGAGAACAAGUACAUGAUUUGUUAAUUAAAAAUGGGUUUGAUUGUGAAGUUUCGGUUCUCAAUUCUCUUAUUAAUAUGUAUGUGAAAUGCUCCUGCAUUUGUUUGGCGGAGAAAAUGUUUGAGCUGGGAUGUGUUCGGGAUGUUGUGUCAUGGAACACAAUGAUUGGGGCAUUGGCAAAAAGUGAGAGACCGAGCAAAGUGCUAGAGCUUUUCUUAAAAAUGUCUCUUGAUGGAGUUUUGCCUAAUGAGACUACAUUUGUUAGUGUUAUUAACUCCUGUACAAACUUGCAGAUUCUGGUGUUUGGUGAAUACAUCCAUGCCAAAGUAAUCAGGAAUAAAAUUGAAUCCAAUGUUUUUGUGGGCAGUGCAUUGGUUGACUUCUAUGCUAAAUGUGAUAACUUGGAAUCUGCACAUUGCUGUUUUGAUGAGAUAGAUGAAAAGAAUGUGGUUUGUUGGAAUGCAUUGAUUCUGGGUUACUCAAAUAAGUGCUUUUCCUCUGUUUCGUUAUUGAAAAGAAUGCUUCAAUUAGGCUAUUGCCCAAAUGAAUUUUCAUUUUCAGCUGCUCUGAAGUCAUCCUUGGUUUUUGAGCUGCAGCAGCUGCACUGUUUGAUAAUGAGAAUGGGUUAUCAGCAAAAUGAGUAUGUCUCAAGUGCUCUUAUCACCUCAUAUGCCAAAAAUGGUAUCAUAUCUGAUGCCUUGAUCUUUGAUGCUGCUUCUAACAAACCACUCCUUGUUGGUCCAUCUAAUGCCAUUGCUGGAGUUUAUAACAAAAUUGGCCAAUACCAUAGAACUCAGGACUUGUUUUCUCUACUUGAAGAACCUGACAUAGUGUCCUGGAACAUUUUGAUUGCAGCUUGUGCCAGAAAUGGUGAUUACAAAGAAGUUUUUGAACUUUUCAAACACAUGCAGAUGGCUCAAAUUUAUCCUGACAAUUACACUGUAGUGAGCCUCUUAAGUGUCUGCACAAAACUUUGUAACCUGGCUUUGGGUAGUUCUAUUCAUGGAUUUAUUAUAAAGACUGAUUUUAAGUUCUGUGACACCUUUGUAUUCAAUGUCUUAAUAGACAUGUAUGGAAAGUGUGGGUGUAUUGAGAGUUCAUUGAAAAUCUUCAACAAAAUUAUUGAGAGAAACAUUAUCACAUGGACAGCUCUAAUCUCAGCCCUAGGAGUUAAUGGUUAUGCAAAUGAGGCAUUAAAGCUCUUCAGGGAAAUGGAGUCACUUGGGUUUAAGCCAGAUGGAGUCGCUCUUGUUGCAGUGUUUUCAGCUUGCAGACAUGGUGGCUUGGUGAAAGAAGGAAUGGAGUUGUUUUGGCAAAUGAAAAAGAGUUGCGGGAUUGAACCAAACAUAGAUCAUUAUCAUUGUGUGGUGGAUUUACUGGCUAGAUGUGGACAUCUUCAGGAAGCAGAACAAGUGAUUUCUAACAUGCCUUUCCCACCAAAUGCGCUUAUAUGGCGUAGUUUCCUUGAAGGCUGCAAGAGAUGGAAAACAGCAGAGAAUCAAGAAUCAGUAGAUGUAAACUUGAAAUCAGAACAACAAUUUCAUAUUGCUUUGUGACCAGAUAUUUCUUGCGGGCAGGUUGCCUGAGCAUACCAACUUUGGGGGUCCAUGUGGUCCUAGGCCCACCUGUUUCCAGGUGAAGAGAGAAUGCACUUAUAAUAAUAUAUUCUGAGGCAGUUUGAUGAUGAUGGUGACAGAGCAGAGAUAUGAUUCCAAGGAUGUAUUUCUUCUCCUCUUUCUCUGUUUUUGAUGUCAGGCAGAACUUUCAAGUGCAUCUUCACUCUUGGUUUUUUAGAUGGCUAACCAUCAUGUGUGGUGAAAUGGAAGUAACCAAUCAUAGCCUAUCUAGGUUCCAUUCUUGUCUUUGGGGGAUCAAUAUCCGUGCAACCUUGCCUUUGAAAGUCUGCAACAUCUUGCUACCAAAGCAAAUCUCACCAGGCCUUAUGUCACCUUUAUUCAAUUCACAGAGUCACAAGCUGAGCCUGGGCCUCCCUGAGGCUCAAGCUAAAAGUGUGUCCCUGGUCUGACCCUGAGCCACCAGGGGUGCAGUGGAUCUUACACAUACUAUGGAGUUGUCCAUGUCACUCUUGCUUGCCUUGAAGAGUCAUUUCAGGUCACAUGGGAGCCAUCACAUUAUCAUCCUCCAACCAUAUCACCUCAGCACAUGGUGUGUGUGCUUAGGGGAAUCCUUCAUGUUUGGAACUUGGAAGAAGUGAUUGAAAGAAGUUAUGAAGAAAGAUUUGGGUGCAGCAUUUGAAAGAAGUUAUGAGACAGAUGACAAUUGGCAACAGCUUUCUCUCUCACUUGCAAAUGGAAAUUGAAAAGAGAUUUGUAUUUAUUCAAUAGAUAAUUGUUAAAAUCAAAAGUUAAAUGUUUCCAUUUACUUUUUGAAUCGGAUGUUGUGGAUACACAAACUAAGUAGAAUUAUAUUCUUUGAAUUAUCUUGCCAUCAGGCACAAGCAAUGCACAAGAAAAUUGAUAGAGCAUUCGCUGAUUCAUUAUAUCCUUGAUGUAAAAGCUUUAUGUUCAUGAGAUGUGAUUAACAUCUAUUUGUUG